AUGUCUAUUGCUUAACCAACCAUGAUUAAAAAAAUCAAAGCUUCUCCUCGCCCCACUGCUGCUGCAGCUACUCCUCCAAUCUAGGACAUGAGAGCGUCUACCAGCAGCUAGGGAGAUGAACCAAAAAAUAUAAUUGAAAUAAUUCAAAAUAGGUUCUUCUUCAUUUCAGCAUAAUCUCCUCCUAAAUAUGAUGAAAAUAGUUUCUAUUUCUGCACUGACAAGGAUUUGUAUUAUGAACCAUUUAUAAAAGAAUUCGGACCUUUAAAUCUUUCCUAAAUCUACAGAUACGUAAUACAUGUCGAUAAAGUUUUAAAAGAAAAGCAAUUUUCAAACAGUAUCCUUUAUCACUACACAUCUUACUAAGAUAAUACAUUGAGAACUAAUGCAGUUCUCCUUAUAUGCUGCUACUAAAUGCUCGUUUUAAAAAGAACUGCAGAAUAAAGCUGGGAACCUUUUAUCAAUAUAUCUCCCCCACUCUAACCAUACAAAGAUGUUCAUAACUAUCCUUAUGAUAUGACCGUUUUAGACUGUUUGAAAGGAUUAGAAAAGGCCAUAAGUCUUGGCUGGUUUUCUUUAGAAACCUUUAAUCUAGUUUAGUACACUAAUAUGUAUCUUUUCGAGAAUGGAGAUAUGAACUGGAUUAUUCCAAAUAAAUUUUUAGCCUUUUCAAAUCCUUACGCUACCCAAUACGAUAAGGCAAACAGGAGACGCUGCACUGUAGAAGAUAUAAUUCCUAAAUUUUAAUAGCUUGGAAUAGAAAGAAUAGUUAGACUCAAUUCUGAAGAAUAUGAUGCCAACAAAUUUGUAGAAAACGGUAUUUCUCACACAGAUUUAUAUUUUGCUGAUGGAUCUGCUCCUUCAGAUGAUGUAGUUCUCAAAUUCUUAAAGGUCUCAGAAGAAACUAAAGGAAAAAUCGCAGUUCAUUGCAAGGCUGGUCUUGGAAGAACUGGAACACUUAUAGCAUGUUAUGCUAUGAAACACUUUAAAUUCCCAGCCAGAGCUUUUAUUGGCUGGAUCCGUUUGUGCAGACCUGGAUCUAUUCAUGGACCUUAAAACACUUUCUUGAAUGAGAAAUAGCCUUGGUUGUUCAGAAUGAGCAUAGGAUCAAGACAAAGAACUUUCUCUAUUGGUUAAGCAAGACCUGUAGUCAGCAUAAAAAAGCAACCUAACUUUCCUAAUAUUUAAAACACCCCAGAACUUCCUAUUAAAUUUAGACCUAAUCCCAUAGUUGAAUAAUCUUUACCAGAUAUCCAAUUUCCUAGAAAAAAUUAGUUUAAAGUUGUCUCAGCAAGCUAGUCCCGCGCAUCCUCUGAACAAAAAAGAACUUUGAAAUCAAAACCUAUACCAAACUUUGUUUUUAUCUAAUAAUUAAUGUCAGAAAAAUAAAAUUAAUAAUGA